CUAACCUCUCGACUCUGUUGUGGCGCGUAGAUACACGUUGACAGACACAGAUGCAGCCAGCGUCGCUCUCAGCCUGUCUGUGUAUUUCCCGCUUACGUACAUGAGCUCGAUCCUUUGAUAUGAGUAUGGCCGAGAAUACACCCCCCAGGUGCGGUGAUAGUGUGGACCGCUGCGCAGAGGGCAAAAAGGUACCACGACUUGCGCAGGCGUUGAAGUAUUCUGCGCAGGUGGCAUCCCUCAACCAGCAAUAUGAACCAAGCACUUAUUGCCGUCCAGACAAUGAUCAUCCGCGUAUGAUCGACAACGACCGAUGGAAUCUUGUAGCCGCAGGUAACAAAUACGCUGAGUAGCAAGCCGACCAGGGGCAGUGAAACGAGAAAUGCGAAAAGCACUUGGAAGAUAAGCACCCGCAAAACUCGCCGCAAUGACCGCAUGAACGGCUCAGGGGAGAAACGCGCGCCCACCAGCACCUCCUGUACUCUGACCGCCUCCCCAUCCGUUAUGACAGUUGGCUCAUAAACGAGGCGCGAUUCGAACUCCUCGAACGCCGCCGGGUAUCCUGCACGCACGGAUGUGGGGAAGAAAUGGCAAGCAAGGACGGACAUAUCACACGUGUGCCGUGUGUGCCAAAGCCCGCUCCCGUGACUCACCGGCAGCCUUUUCGAAUUCCGUUUUCAUCGCCUGGAUGGCCAUCUCUUCGGCCCUGUUGGCUGGCGGCUCUGGCCCCACCUUCUCAGAGAUGUCCUGGAGAGUGCUCGACUGUGACGCCGCAUGAUGACAGGCGCUCCGGAGACCAUUGGUUUGGCACGAAGGACUCGUCCUUUGUUGAAGAUCAAGGUCCAGGAGGCACUCGCUGCUGUGCACCUCUUUGUCGAGCGCCUCUUCCAAAUCGGUCGUGAGCUGUUGGGGCCUCUCCUGCUGCUCAACCGACUGUGUUGCGCACGUGUCCUCGCAGUUGGGGCCGAGGGAGGUGUGCAUGUCCUUCCGAAGACCACAUUCGUGCCCCGGGCAGGGCUGUGACGGCACCUCGGGUUCUUCAUCCAACUCAUUGUCGCUGCGGCUGACACUUGGGCUGGCAGCAUCACCAUUAUUGAUUGGAGAAACGAUGGUGUGUUCGAUGGACACCAU